CAUGAGGUAAUCACUCAGUCGAAAACAUGGAUGCGAAGAGCAGCAGAAAGCAGUAUAUGGUUUGAAAAUUCGCUGCACAUUAAAGCUACAACAGCGCUUGCCAGCGAUCGACACAGCAACGUCUAGGUGAAGAUGACCCGCUGGGCACGUAGCAAAAGUGUCCUCAAGCAUGAACGGCAGCCAGGCGAGGCUACCACGUGGUCAGAGUUUGUAGCCCAGCGGCAACAGACUACGAAACCACGUUUCGCACGUCCUGAUGACACUGCGGCUAAUACCAAAUUGUUGAACACUGAAAAGAAGCUACCCGAAAAUAGCAAGCCUGCUGUCAAGAAGAAGCUGUCAAGCACGGACAGUGUUGUUGCUGAGGCCAGUACUCACUGUGGAGGUGCAGCUGGUGAUGUGUUCCAUCAAAAGAAAGCAGCAGCAGUGUCAAGUAACAAGCCUUCACAACACGUCGUUGAAAAUUACAGCAACUUGCAGGCUAAAGGCAAAAAUGCUCCCAAAAGAAAAGAAGUUGCAAGUGCACGACGAUGAAGCAGAAGCACUCAAGAAGUUGAUGCUCAAGCACAGAAAGACCGAUGCAGACAUUCCAGUUGCACAAAAGACAAUGGGGGCAACUUCUAAAAAAAGACUUGCCAUAGCGCCUGCGCCACGUUCUAGUACAGUAAACUGCUGCAAGCAGUACAGGUAGCACACUUCCCAGAAAGGUUGUGAAAGAAGGAUCACAGAGUCUAAAAAAGAAAGCAUGUUUGCCUAAAGCAAACAUUUCUGCUGCUGAGAUUGCUGUGCCAGCCUCAAAGAACAAACUUUCACCCUCCACUGUGACUAAGAAAUACAUUGAUGAAAAGGAAGCACAGUCUUCAGCUCAAGUAUCAAAAGCAAGAAGAAAGAAGGUGAUUGCCAAGAAGCUUCUCCCAUCAUUCAAAGAAGAGGUUCCAUUUCCGGCCGAAGAUGAAGGAAAGGAGGGCAGCUCUGUCUUGAAAGGUCAGGUAGAGCUGGAAAGAGGAAAGGCCUAGGCCAGAAAGGGAGAGCAGCAGUCACAAACGAGGAAGCUUUGCAUGUUGAUGAAGAUAAAGGAGGAUGGCAACAGUGAGGGAGAGGAAGAGCAGCCUGUGUCUAAGGUCCCUAGGACAGGUCUGCACGUGGAUGGUGGUGGCAGUGGCAAGGCCAAGCGAUUGCAGUGGAUGCGGCAGGAGCGCGAGGCCAAGGGCCUGCUGCUUCUGCCAGAAAAGGUGGAACGGCGCAUCUACCUGAUGAAAAAGGCGAUGCGCAAGAAGGGCCUUCCCGGCGAGCAGAUCAAGGAGGCUGUGCGCAAGAUGCGUCGAAAGGAAGAGCUGCUGUUCCGCAGGCAGCUGGCCAAGCUAUGCUUCAAGUGUCGUCAGCCCGGCCACAGAGUGUCCGACUGUCCUCAGAUGCUUCAAGAUUCCAGCGAACCCAUUGGGAUUUGCUUCAAGUGUGGAUCUACGGAGCACUUCUCAUCUGCAUGCACAGUUCAGACAAGCAAAGACAAUGAGUUCCCAUAUGCUAAGUGUUUCAUCUGCAAGCAACAAGGGCAUCUGAGUCGCAAGUGCCCGCGUAAUGAUAAAGGAGUGUACCCUAAAGGAGGUCACUGCAACUUCUGUGGAGCUAUCGACCAUUUUAAAAAGGAGUGUCCCGAGAUGGAGAAGAAUAAGAUCAAAACCAGCGAGGAAAGCGAGGUGGCUGCCGACAUUGUGAGCAUCGGCCAGAGUGCCGACGCUGAGAACAUUGUGCCCUUACACCAGAGCAUCCAGCUAAAGAAGGAGAAGGUGGUUAGCUUCUGAAACUAUGUGGUCUGCAGAAGUAGCCGCAUAACCUUGUAAUAACGCAUCGCAUUUCCUGGCGA